CCAGACCAGCUUCGACCAUUAAUUCCGCGCCUUCCUUCCCUUAUCUGUCCUAUUUCCAGCUCCCUCGCGAGAUAAUUGGCUGCGGCGAUACUCGCUGCGCUGCCCUGCCAUGCGCGCUCUGUCUCGGUAGCCAUCGUCCUAGUUGCUAGAGCCAAGAAUUCCGGCCCACUGCCCCCAAGAGCGACACCCUCUUCCGGUUAAGAAGCCGCAGCAGCGAGCGAUGGCGCUGGUCCGUCGGUUCCUGUCUCUCUUCCCUGCCGCCGUCCUGGCCUGGUUCACCACCGCCUUCGCCUCUCCGCCUCCCUUCAUGUCUGACACCGUCUUCCAGGCCAGCACCGGAUCCGGAUCUACGGGGAGGAGCUUGCUUCAGAUAGACUGCCCUAUGGACUUUGAGUACCAGAACUACACAAUCAUCACAAGCCGAUGCAAAGGGCCACAUUACCCUCCUACGGAAUGCUGUGAUUCUUUCAAGGAUUUUGCAUGCCAAUUUGCUGUGUAUAUCAACAACAAGAGCACUAACUGUGCAGACACAAUGAUAUCCAGCAUCAAUUUCUUUGGCAAGUACCCAGAAGACCUAUUCACCGAUGAGUGCCACAUAGGCAAGGAAGGGGUUUCCUGCGAAGGCGUCCCAAGGAUAGACACCGGCGUGUCAAGUGGACACAACUCACGUCCGAGGGCGCUGCGGAUUAUUGCCGUGGCAGCUCCAUUACUGUCAAUACUCAUGUGCUUUAUUUGUUCUGUUGUAUGGAUGAGAAGACGAAGAAAAGGAAAGGUAAACUUACACCAUCAAGCUGCCAUGAAUAGGCCGGAAGAAGACCCAUAUGUUUGGAGAUUGGACGAGAAUAGUUCAGAGUUCACUCUGUUUGACUUCUCUGGGAUAUUGCAUGCUACAAACAACUUCUCCAAAGAAGCCCAACUUGGGCAAGGUGGUUUUGGCCCUGUCUACAAGGGCCAAUUACCAGAUGGAAUGGAAAUUGCAGUUAAAAGGCUUGCCUCACAUUCAGGACAAGGUUUCAGAGAAUUUAAAAAUGAAGUGGAACUUGCUGCAAAACUACAACACAAUAAUUUGGUCAAGCUCAUGGGAUGUUGCAUUGAGGGAGACGAAAAACUUUUGGUGUACGAAUAUUUGGCAAAUAAGAGCUUGGACUUCUUUAUCUUUGAUGAAAGCAGAACAACUUUGGUUGAUUGGAGUAAAAGAUGUGUGAUAAUUGAAGGGAUAGCCCAAGGUCUUAUGUAUCUCCACAUGCACUCGCCGUUGCGUAUCAUACACAGAGAUCUUAAAGCCAGCAAUAUUCUCUUAGACCUGGACAUGAAUCCUAAAAUUUCUGACUUUGGGCUAGCAAAAACUUUCAGCUCCAAUGAUACUGAAGGAAGCACAGAGAGGGUGAUGGGAACACAUGGUUAUAUGUCUCCGGAGUAUGCAUCUCAAGGGAUUUACUCGGUCAAAUCUGACGUAUUCAGCUUUGGUGUGUUACUUCUCGAGAUUCUUAGCGGAAAAAGGAACACUGGUUUCCAUGGGCAUGAAGACUUUGUUAACCUCCUUGGAUAUUCAUGGCAACUAUGGGAAGGUGGACGGUGUCUUGAGCUCGUCGCAGCAUCGAUUGCUAAUGAGGUCCAUGCGGCGGAGGCUACGAGGUACAUUAACAUUGCACUAAUGUGCGUACAAGAGCAUGCAGACGAUCGACCGACCAUGUCAAACAUUGUCACGAUGCUAAACAGCGAGAGUGUGGUUCUUCCGGAGCCUAACCAUCCGGCAUACUUCAACACAACAGCAUCUAAGGAAGAUGAAUCGGCUAGUGUUCCAUGCAGCUAUAAUGGCGUGACCAUCACUGAGGAGCCAGUUGGCAGAUAGUUGAUCACUUUGCUUCGGUUGUUAAUCAAAGAUCUAGCAAAGCAGAUAACGUGCAUGAGAGUUUCAUAUACUAUAUCAAUUCACACGAAACACUUUUUUUGGAAAAGGAGAAUAACCUAUGGCCUUCUGUGUCGUCGCCUACCGCGCGCGUGGGCCAGCCCAUCUCACUCUCCCCUGAACGAGUCUGAAACUGAACAGGCUGAAGGUGAGAUAUUAGGGGUGCCUGUCAAAUAGCUGAACAAGCCCGCGGGCGAUCGAAUUGGAGCGACGGCCCAGUAGCAACUUUCUUGUUGUUUUAUCCCUACGCUAUUGUAGCAUUUGUUUUAGGUCGUCCCAUGUUAUACUCUAUUUUCAUAGCUGGGUUUUUAUUAAUAUUAUGGAUGCGUGAACUUUUUUGAA